AUGAAACUCCGGCCACUCCUCUCAAUACUCUCCUCCACAACCACCACCACCCAACCACCCACCACCACCGUCAAAUUCCUCGCCGUACAUAACCACCGCCUCUACUUAACCACCACCGACACCCUCAUCCACGUAAUCCACACCUCCUCAUUCAACCUCCUUGACACCUUCACUGUCUCCGUACCCGUAAAAUCCAUUGCAUUUAGCAACGGUAACAUAUACACAGCCCAUCACGACAACAAGAUCCGCGUAUGGAAAAUAAUAAAAGACAAACAACACAAACAUAUUACAACACUCCCAACGUUGGAAGAUAAAUUACUUCGUUCAGUUUCACCCAAAAAUUACGUAAAUGUGAGACGUCACAAAAGGAAACUAUGGAUCCAGCAUUACGACGCCGUUUCUGCACUCGCGUUUAUUACCGAUGAGCUAUUCUGUUCGGUUUCGUGGGACAAAUGUUUGAAAAUUUGGAGGACGUCAGAUUUUCGAUGUGUGCAGAGUAUACAAGCUCAUGAUGACGCCAUCAACGACGUCGUUGUAUCAGCUAAUGGAACCAUAUUUACCGGCUCAGCCGAUUGUAAGAUUAAAAUGUGGGGAAAAGUGUACGGAAAAUAUGAGCUGAUUGCCACGUUGGAUAAUAAACAUAAGUCUGGUGUGAAUGCGUUGGUGUUAAACGACGACGGUUUGUUACUGUUUUCUGGUGGGAGUGAUGGGGCGGUUUUAGUGUGGGGAAAGGAACACGGUAGUAAUGGUAGGGUGUUGACGGAGGUGUUACGUGGACAUUGUAAGGCGGUGCUUUGUUUGAUUAGUGUGCGUGAUUUGUUGUUAAGUGGGUCUGCUGAUCGAACGGUUAGGAUUUGGCGAGGUGGAUGUGAGGGUAAACUGGGUGGGUUUUAUUGCUUGAAAGUGUUGGAUGGGUAUGAAAGACCUGUUCGAUCAUUGGUGGCGGAUUAUGAUUGUAAAUCUGGGAUACGUGUGUUUAGUGAAGGGCCUAAUGGCGUAAUUAGGUUGAUUACGAUUAAGGGAUUAAAUAUUUCUGACUCUAUGUCGAUUCUUGUAUGA